GCCUUCUAAGCUGUAUCAUGUUCUGUGCUGACUUCUGUUGUCGUAUCACUAAAUGUAUGACUGUCAUCCCAAAGAUCAUCGCAGGGUUUUCAACGCUGGCAGGUGUGUUAGCUGAUGCGGCUUGCGUGGUUUUUCUAAUUAUGAUCUACGUCGACUACAAAGCGAAGUUAGGAUCUGGGUUCAAACCCACACCAAGCUAUUCCUUCUUCCUUGUGGCAGUGACUGGUAUAUUUCUGAUGGUUGCCGGAUGCAUCAUUUCCGGCGUCAAGCACGCUACGAAAGUGGAAGACUCUGAAAAAGGCGUUAUUGUCGUGGCUUCUGGAGUCAGAGUCAGGGGAUGGCACCUAAUGUUAACGCGAAUGGGUACGCGGGUACAGCACCCUUCUAUCAGCCCCAACAAAUGGUCUUCACUACCCCGACCCCAGUUUACACCAACGUCCCUCCAAAUUACAGCCAGGUUCAGACCAAAAUUUUUAUGGCCACUAGCGCGACACAAACAUCUCUGGUCGAUGUGAAAAAGGCUGCUAAAUAAUCUGAAGAAAUGUGAUUGUAAUAGAUUUUGCUUUUACUGUAGACAUAUAAAAAUAAAUAGUCCAUUUAGUCUUUUUUUAGAAAACUACCUAAUAUUUUUUUUCACUGUCUAUGUAUACAGAUUGAAUCAUACUGAUAUAUAUAUAUAUAUAUAUAUAUAUAUA